AUGGAAUCAGAUGUGGCGAGUCAAGAUAGACGGACACAAGGGGAACGUCGCGGUGUACUGUGGACGUCGGAGAGUGUACGGACAAGAAUGCGUUUCAAUGUCAUCGAGUCGGAACUUGUGCAGAACCGGGAAAAGAUGAAGAGGUAUAGCAUCGCCACUCCUUGUACUUUUACCUGGGCGUCCUUGUAUGGCAACGAUAUACGAUACAAGAAGCCCGAGUCCCUAGUAGCCAGUAGUCCCAGUAUCGCGGAAUUUAGACAGCUGCGCUAUUAUGCCGAUUUCACUUAUCGAACGCAAAUCACCAACAAAUCACUCAUCAGAGGCGUCGGCCCUGAACGCAGAUGCUAUCAUCGGCACGACAGUGACACCGCUUGGAGACUACGCAAUCCACGGCGUAUGAGCUCCAAUGUCGUGACCGCAGACAAGCAUGAGAACAUAGAUACGAGAAUGAUUGAUCAGCUCACCUCCAUUCGGGUAGCAGAGGGGAAGGAGGGGAAGACCGUAUACUUAAGGCUAACUCGUUUACAGAAGGAAACUGAUGUGAUAUUCCGAGAGCCAGGCGACCCUGGCCAACCGAAGAUGUCAGAAGAGAAUUUCAAUUCCGAAGCUUCGAGGUUUCGAGAAUCAACAGUUGUGAGCCCCCCGCCUUUUGGUCUCGAUGCAGAUGCACUUAAAAGAAAUCUCCUGCGUGCCGUUGAUGGAAAAGACAGAUUUGGGGUCGCGACUGCGGUAGAAGACUCGGAUUUUUCGGUUUUCGGAAUAGGGAAGAGGGUAUAG